CUUCGCCUUCAUCUUUCACCCCCUUUCACAAACCUAACGAUUCCCUUACCCUCGAUUUCUAAUGGCGCCCAAGGCCGAGAAGAAGCCCGCGGAGAAGAAGCCGGCCGCCGAGAAGCCGGUAGAGGAGAAGGAGAAGAAGUCGGAAGCCGAGAAGGCUCCGGCUGGAAAGAAGCCGAAGGCUGAGAAGCGCCUACCGUCUAAGGAGUCUGCCGCUGGCGACAAGAAGAAGAAGAAGAAGAACAAGAAGGGAAGUGAGACCUACAAGAUCUACAUCUUUAAAGUCUUGAAGCAGGUUCAUCCUGACAUCGGAAUCUCUAGCAAGGCGAUGAGCAUCAUGAAUUCGUUCAUUAAUGAUAUUUUCGAGAAGCUCGCCCAGGAGUCGUCUCGGCUUGCGCGUUAUAACAAGAAGCCGACGAUCACGUCCAGGGAGAUCCAGACUUCUGUUCGCCUUGUGCUUCCUGGUGAGCUUGCUAAGCAUGCUGUUUCGGAGGGCACGAAGGCGGUUACCAAGUUUACCAGCUCUUAAGAGAUCUGCGCUUUUGUGAUUAUUGGUGCUUGAUUCUGAGAAGCUAUUUUAUAUAUCUUGUUCUAGGGAUCGUUUUCUGCUUUUGUUUCUUUGGAUUGCAAGAAUCAUGAUUUAUUAUGGCUUUUAAUGUAAGAUAUUCUUAUCUGCGAUCUUUUAUAUGAAUUAACUGUUUUUCAAUA